AUGUCGAUCGAUCCAGUUGUUCCCGAUGGCGGGCAAAAUGGAAACGGAGUAGAGCCUCCUCCUCAGUCGUUUGAUGACAAUGCCGAGCACGUCGAAUUUGGGUCUUUCGACCACAGUGAGAUUCCGCUUGAAAAAGAAGAAUGGCCAGUGAUUAUCAUCGGAUCUAGCAUGGUGGGUAUGAUGACAGGUUUACUUCUUGGCUACCACGGUAUCAAGUCGAUCUCCUUCGACAGCCACGCACCGUCAGGUACGCAUCCCAGAGCUGCAGGUCUCAACUAUCGCACCGUGGAAAUACUCCGCCAGCUGGGAUUGGACAAAUUGGCCCAGGCAGAAAGCGCAAAAGAAUUUGACGUGAAUGCGGGAAUGCUGGUGGUAGAAAAGAUAAUCGGUGGCAAAGUGAUUGCACAGGUGCAAGAGAAGGAUGCUGAGAUAAUCACGGAAGUGACGCCAGGUGAGGGCUGGCUUUGGAUUACUCAGGCCAUGUUUGAGCCACUAUUGCGGGCAAAUGCGGGCAAGUUUGGCUGCACACAGCUAUACGGGAGACUCGUCGUACAUUACGAGGAAGAUGAGGACGGGGUACUGGUGGUUGUGAAGGAUUUGAACAAUCAAGAGUACAAGAAGUACAGAGCAAAGUACCUUGUUGCUUGCGACGGUAACCGAAGCAGCACCCGCGUCAAGGAAGGCAUUAAAUUGAGUGGAGCCGGAGUCUUGCGCAACAGUCUAUCGUUGCGAAUCACUGGAGAUAUGAGCCCACACCUAGGUACCCGGUCAGUACACGGAGUGAUCUACGUGCUCAACUCGAACAUCAGCGGAGGGUUUCGAUUGGAAAAUCAGGGACAGUCAGCGAUUGUCAUGGUCAACCGAGCCGGCGACAAGAAUGACUUUCCAAAGGGCAGCGUAACGCCCGAAGAAGCGCGCAAGUACGUGUACGAUCUUUCUGGGUUGCCCGAGGAUAUGGACCUGUCAAUAGCGCCAUGCUCGUACUGGACCAUGACUUCAUACGUGGCCGACAGACUCCAAUCACGACGUGGCCGCGUAUUCAUUGCAGGCGAUGCUGCACACACAAUGCCGCCAACGGGCGGUCUCGGCGGCAAUACAGGCGUCGCCGAUGCUCACAACCUGGCAUGGAAACUCGCUUUUGUUCUGAAAGGACUCGCGUCUACCGAGCUACUAGAGACUUACAGUCGAGAACGACAAGCCAUAGAUGCCUUUGUGGUGGACCAGGCAACUAGGCGUUUUUACAACCGCGUCGAUCAUGUGCAGCCGCCAGUUGAGGAGGAAGCGGAUUUGGACGUGGAGCUUGGGGCCCGUUAUGCAGACGGUGCAACGGUGGGCGCGGACAAAAGCGUCACAAAGCCUUUUGAAAACAUACUCGAGCCCUCGGGCGGCGUAGGGUGCCGGUUUCCUCACGUGUGGCUCUCUGGUAGUCAGACGCGCAUAUCCACGCUGGACCUAGUAAAGCAGAAACUAGUUCUGGUCGCAGCUGAGCCGCAAUCACCUUGGAUCGCAGCUGCAGAGAAGUUGCCAGUCUCGCACGUGAUCGAUUCCUACGAGCUGCACAAGUCUUCGGCACCCUGGCAGGAUGCUGAGGGAAAGGUGCGUGUCAAAUGCCAGCUGCAGCCAGGCGAGGCACUGCUUGUGCGUCCGGAUGGCUUCAUCGCCUGGAGAAGCCGCACGAAUUCGAAGAAUGAUGUGGACCAGGUGAGCGAGCUCCAGGGGGUUCUGCAUCAGCUGCUCGGUAUACGAUAA